ACAAAACUGAAAAGAAAAUGGAAAGCGCCAAAAAUAUUGCUGAAAAAGUCGAACCUGAUGACCAUAUAUCCAUGGUAGACGUCUUAGAAGAAGAGAAUAAGCUAGAAGAAGAUGCAACUGCAGUGUUAGGAGAUAGUGAUGACAAAAACUGCACAUAUCUGAUGGGCUACAUACCACGGCAAGCUGUUUACUCAUGCGUAACAUGUAAAAGUGAUGCUAAUGGUCCUGCUGGAAUGUGCCUUGCCUGCUGUCUAGUAUGCCAUGAGGGACAUGAUCUCUUGGAGUUAUACACAAAAAGAGAAUUCAGAUGUGACUGUGGAAAUAGCAAGUUCCCAAACUUUGAAUGCAAACUUACUCCAAAAAAAUGUGCAAUCAAUGAGGAUAACAGCUAUAAUCAGAACUAUAGAGGUCUCUACUGUACAUGUCACAGGCCAUACCCAGAUCAUGAUGAUAGUAUAGAAGAUGAGAUGAUUCAGUGUGUGAUAUGUGAGGACUGGUACCAUGGUAGGCAUCUGGGUAGGGAUCCACCUGACACUGAUAUCUUCCAGGAGAUGAUCUGUAAAGACUGCAUGGCUAAACAUGAGUUCCUUUGGGCAUACACAGUGCAAUCCACAGUUACAAGCAAGAUGUGCCAGCAGACCCAGGAUGUAAGUGUCAAUGUGGACACAGUAUCUCCAGUGAAGGAGGCAACAAAUACAGCUGAUAUCCCCGAAUCAAGUGUUCCUAAGACAGAGGAGGUGACAAAAUGCAGUACUAGUAGUGAUGGAGUACAGCCUGCACCAACAGUAGAACCAUUACUCAAUGUGACGAGUGAAGAUGACACUCCACUAAAAGAGGAAAAGAUAAAUGGUGCUUCUAAUGACAUUCCAGUAAAUAAAAAUGACAGUACUGUUGCUGAGGAUACCUCAGUUGGAAGUAUAUGUAAAUAUGGGGAACUUUCCACCAGAAAAUUUGAAGUGAAAAACUGUGCAACAUUCUGGAAGGAUGGAUGGAGAUCAAAGCUUUGUACAUGUGCAUCAUGCAAGGAAAUGUACACCAUGGCAAAAGUGCAGUUUCUGACAGAUCAGUCAGACACAGUUCUAGCAUAUGAAGAAAGAGGGCGCACUAAGCAUGGUGGUUCACAAUACGAGCGUGGAAUGAAUGUUCUCUCAAGUAUGGAUAGAAGUAAACAAGUGGAAAUGCUUCAUGGUUACAAUGAUCUGAAGACUGAACUGAGUGAUUAUCUGAAAAAGUUUGCAGAAAAUGGCAAGGUUGUCCGGCAAGAAGACAUCAAAGAAUUCUUUGAAGGCAUGUCAUCCCGCAAGCGUCAGAAAGUGGAGACAUCUAUACCACACUUCUGUAGGUAGAGACACUAUAAACUACUUUACCGUGUUCAAAAACUGCCAUUACAAGGAUUGUGUGAACAACAAUUUUCCGUAGGCAGACAAACUGGAAAUGCUUAACUGUGUACAAAACACAGUCAUUACAUAAUAGAACAGAAGUAAAAACACCUGAAUAUACCACACUUUAAUAUGUACACAAACCAAGAAAUGCUUUACUGUGUUUAAAACACUCACAUAUACAAAAGAACAUUAUAUACUUGGAAACAUGCAUACAGUAUGUUCAUUUUCUUCGAAAGAAUUUAUUUUUUACCACAUGUUUAGACUUAGAUUCACAAAAUAGAUACUAAGCUGACAUCUGAUACAAGGUGAGACAAAAAAGGUAACCCAAACAAAUG